AUGAAAGAAAAGUUAUUUAUUCGUUGUGGGACGUUGUGGUAUUACACGAAUAGGUAUUACAAACUUGCGGAUAUCUUCGAGCAACACCGAUCGAUAGUUGCGAGUAAGAUUGGAGAAUUCCAAAGCAUCCUCGAGAGAAAGAUGGAACAGUUUGAACGAGAGCUGAAGAUGUACGCGAAAUAUUGCAACGAGCUGCAAUAUUGGGGCAACGUGGAGGAAAUAUAUCGAUACAAGAAGAAAGCUGAUCGCUUGGAGAGCAAACUGAUCGCCGCGAUGGAUACGAUUGAUGGAUUUAACGAAGAGGAGGAACUGUUUGGUUGGCCACUGUCCCACUAUCCUUUGCGAAAAACGACAGCGGACAAAUUGGCCCCGUAUAAAAGACUGUACGACACGACGUGCGAAUUUUUAACAAACUACGACACGUGGAUGAAUUCGAUGAUAGGCUCGUACGAACCAGAGGCGAUCGAGACGGCGACGGCGAUUGCUCAGCGAACGAUCUACAAGUUGGAAAGAUCCAUACAGGAGCCGAUAACGAAGAGGCUCGUCGAAACCGUACGAACGAGAAUGGACGAAUUCAAAGAGCACGUGCCUGUAAUUGCCACUCUUGGAAAUCCAUCCCUCAAGAGUCGACACUGGGAACAAAUAUCGGAGAUUGUCGGUUUCCCUAUAAAGAUCCUCGAUUACGGUUUAGCCGAUUACGUAACGAAAUUCGAAGGAAUAUCGGAAGCAGCGACGAAGGAAGGCAAUUUGGAAAGGGCACUCGUCCGGAUGCAUCUCGAUUGGACAGAGAUCGCGUUCGUUGUCAAUCCUUAUCGCGAUACAGGCACCUACGUCAUUGCGAGCAUCGACGACAUACAAUUGCUUCUGGACGAUCACUUGAUCAAGGCUCAAACUAUGAAAAAUUCUCUCUACAUCAAGCCGUUCGAGAAGGAGACUUUAGAUUGGGAGUCGAAGCUGUUGUUGUUGCAAAGUAUCAUCGAUUAUUGGUUGCAAGUCCAAGCGAUAUGGAUGUACCUUGAACCGAUAUUUUCGUCGGCUGAUAUUCAGCAACAAAUGCCGGAGGAAGGACGACGUUUUAGCGCCGUGGACAAGAUUUGGAGAGAAAUGAUGUUGUCGGUAGCAGCGGAUCCUCGAGUUAUGUCGGUCGUUGGAAUCGACAAGAUGCUGGAACGAUUGAAAAAGUGUAUAAAUUUGCUAGAUCUGAUACAAAAGGGACUGGCUGCCUAUUUGGAAAAGAAAAGAUUAUAUUUUCCGCGAUUUUUCUUUUUAGUACAGCCGCACCUGAAAAAAUGCUUCGAAGGAAUAGCACGAGUAAACUUCACGCUCGAUUUCGAGAUAACAGUUAUAAAAUCCUCCGAGGGAGAAGAGAUUAUUCUGCGAGACACGAUCGACACAACGGCAGCUCGUGGCCAGGUUGAAAAGUGGUUGCUCCAACUGGAAUCCUCUAUGAAGAAGAGCGUCAAAGCACAGGUGGUGCUAGCAAAGGAUGCGUACUUGAGGCAGAUCAGAUCUAGAUGGGCAUUGGAAUGGCCCGGUCAGACUAUUCUCUGUAUAAGUAAGCUUUAUUGGACAGCCGACGUGACGGCGGUCUUGUCCAAGAUGGAUUCUACGAUGGAAGAUUUGAACAACUAUAUCGACGGUUGUACGAACGAAUUGAACGAAAUAGUUAAACUAGUACGUGGUACGCUGUCGAUGCAAAAUCGUAUAACGUUAGAGGCUUUGGUUACGAUGGAUGUCCAUAGCAGAGACGUUGUGGCAGAAUUGUACAAAGAACGAGUCGUCGCUGCUACCGAUUUCAAGUGGUUGGCUCAAUUGAGAUACUAUUGGAUGGUAGGUGCCAACGAUGGUAGGUCGAAGAACGUCGAAGAACGUCGAAGAAAGUAG